AUGGUCACCAUUAGUGAAGUGAAAAACGAUAAUUCUUCAAAUAAAUUUGCUGGCAAUGCUGCUGCUACCCGUACUGCAGCUCAUACACAUAUUAAAGGGUUAGGUUUAGAUGAAACUGGUGUUGCUAAAAGAGUAGAGGGUGGAUUUGUGGGACAAAUGGAAGCUCGUGAAGCUUGUGGUGUUAUCGUUGAUCUAAUUAAAGCCAAAAAAAUGUCCGGGAGAGCUAUUCUAUUAGCAGGUGGUCCAUCUACUGGUAAGACCGCUUUAGCUUUGGCCAUUUCUCAAGAAUUGGGUCCAAAAGUACCAUUUUGCCCCCUAGUUGGAAGUGAAUUAUAUUCUGUUGAAGUUAAGAAAACUGAAACUUUGAUGGAAAAUUUUAGAAGAGCCAUUGGUCUUAGAAUUAAAGAAACGAAAGAAGUUUAUGAAGGUGAAGUGACCGAAUUAACACCGGAGGAUGCAGAAAAUCCAUUAGGUGGAUAUGGGAAAACUAUUUCUCAUGUUAUUGUGGGAUUAAAAUCUGCAAAGGGUACUAAGACAUUAAGAUUAGAUCCAUCCAUUUAUGAAAGUAUUCAAAGAGAGAAAGUCAACAUUGGGGAUGUUAUUUAUAUAGAAGCUAAUACAGGUGCUGUGAAAAGAGUUGGUAGAUCAGAUGCAUACGCAACAGAAUUUGAUUUGGAAACUGAAGAAUAUGUACCAUUACCAAAGGGUGAAGUUCAUAAAAAGAAGGAAAUCGUACAAGAUGUUACAUUACAUGAUUUAGAUAUUGCUAAUGCUAGACCACAAGGUGGUCAAGAUGUAGUUUCUGUCAUGGGACAAAUAUUAAAACCGAAAAAGACAGAAAUUACAGAAAAAUUAAGAACAGAAGUUAAUAAAGUGGUAGCGAAAUAUAUUGAUCAAGGGGUAGCUGAAUUAAUACCAGGUGUUCUUUUCAUUGAUGAAGUGAAUAUGCUUGAUAUUGAAAUUUUCACAUAUCUAAAUAGAGCUUUGGAAUCUAACAUUGCACCUGUAGUGGUUCUAGCAUCAAACAGAGGUAUGACUACAGUUCGUGGGACUACGGACAUCGUCUCACCACAUGGUGUCCCACCUGAUUUAAUUGAUAGAUUAUUAAUUGUUCGUACUUUACCAUAUACCAAAGAUGAAAUCCGUUCCAUUAUUGAAAGGAGAUCAAAAGUGGAAAACUUAGAAUUAGCAACAGAUGCAUUGGAUUUAUUAGCAAAUAUGGGUGCUGAAACAUCACUUCGUUAUUCUUUACAAUUGCUAUCACCUUCAGGUAUAUUGGCUGAGACCUCAGGUCGUAAUGAAAUCUUGGUGGAAGAUAUAAAUGAAGCUAGCUUGCUAUUCUUAGAUGCAAAGAGAUCAACAAAGAUACUGGAAACAACCGCUAAUUAUUUGUAA